GAUCUGUAAAAUGAGCUGGAAGAAUCUUUGCUUUCACAUAUAAACACAUUUUUGGAUGCUGCUUUAAUACUUUUAAACUUCUUUCUGCAGUGCUUUAACUGCAUUUUGGUUUGAACCGGUGUGCAAUCAUGGGAAGACAACCUUGCUGUGAAAAGGAAGGACUAAAACGCGGUCCGUGGACGAUCGAAGAAGAUCAUAAACUCAUGAAUUUCAUCCUCAACAAUGGAAUACAAUGUUGGCGACUCGUUCCGAAACUUGCAGGUUUGAGGAGAUGCGGAAAGAGUUGUAGACUAAGGUGGAUUAAUUACUUGAGGCCGGACCUCAAGCGAGGGGCAUUGACAGAAGCGGAGGAAGACAUGAUCAUCGAGCUCCAUUCUCGACUAGGAAACAGCAGGUGGUCUAAGAUAGCCUCACAUUUUCCUGGACGAACUGAUAAUGAAAUAAAAAACUAUUGGAAUACAAGGAUCAAGAAGAAAUUAAGACUCCUGGGGUUGGAUCCAGUGACUCACAAGCCUGUCGAUGAAACUGAAAAUUCUGCAGCAGAAAAUGAGGAAAUUUAUCAGCAUAUUAUAUCCAAAGAAAAAGAGACAGAUUAUCAGACAGAAGGAGCAGCAAAAUCUGGCUUUAAUGAGAUGAAAAAUAUUUCCAUUUUCGAUGUGCCGAAAGAAAAUUCAGAAAUGGGAUCAAUUUUGUCGAAAACUACCGAUGAAUCUUCGGUGAACUUUUCUGCGAUAAUAGACGGUCAUGAUCAAUUCGAAGAUCCUUUCCAGAAUUGGAUAGCCAGUCCCUUACAAUGGGAUGUUUUUAGCAAUUUAGAAGAAAAUUUUCCUUGAAAAAGGAAAACAUGUUAAUAGCUUGUCAUUCAUAUAUGUACAUGAAUGUUUCUGACUUCCAUAAUUUGGAUACAUGUUGUGUUACCUUUUUUGAGUUACAUAGAUGGCUGGAUUUCUCAUUUUUAAA